AGCCUUUUUUUCUUAGCCUUGAUUUCUGCUGCUACAACCUUACAUUUCAGUUUACUUGGGGAUUUUGAACAGGGCUAGAUUUGGAUAAUUAGUCCAGAAGUUUCCUCAGUACAUGCAUCACUUUUUGUGGCAGUGAACCACAGACAUUGAACACAAGGACAAAACAAGGAAAUCCUUGUGGGACAUCCCCCGAACUGUCUGCCAAUCAACUAUAACUUCCUUCCUCCACUAAAAGCCACAGGGUUUUUGUGGCAGCGUGCCAUUUGGCAUGUGUCAAUAUUUCCACCAAUACAACUUUUCUUGUGCGCCGACAGUCAAAAGUCGUCUUCGAAAUUGUGCUGCCAAGCAAAAAUUGUGACAUACCUGCUAUCAUUUCUCCCUGAUAAACCACAAAGUUUAUCACAUCGGGAAAAUCAUGUUUCAGUUAUUAUUCAAUUGCUGUCUCUUAGCCAGCUUUCUGUUCCUGACGACAGCAAAUGUUGGCAUGAUUAGACAUAUUCUGAAACGACAAACUGACACCUGUGCAAGUGAAUUGGUUGCUAGGCAACACGCCCAAUCGUUCACUAGCCCCGGCUUUCCAUCGGACUACCCCAACAAUGCAGACUGCAGUUGGAGGAUGAGAACGUCACCUGGCAACCAGAUCGUUGUCAGCUUUGUCUCAAUUGAUGUGGAGUUUGAACGGAAUUGCCAGUACGAUUAUCUCAUCAUCUACGAUGGUCCUGAUGACACAAACCCUCAAAUCGGACGUUACUGCGGGCGCGCCUCACCGGCAGACUUCACUUCAACCAGUCCGCAUGUCUUCGUCAAGUUCCGCAGCGAUUCUUCGGACACGGGGGGAGGUUUUGAGAUUCACUUUCGGGGAAUUGGGAACUUUGGGGGUGAUGGUGGUGAGGAUUUACAAGGUGUGGAUGGUCAAGGUGGUGACUUGGGAGGUGUUGGUGGUGGUUUGGGUGGUGGUGGGAGUUUGGGUGGGGGUGCGGGUGGGGGUGCGGGUGGGGCUGAUGGGGGUGGGGCUGACGGGGGUGGGGUUGGUGGGGAUGGGGGUGGUGUUGAUGGUGAUUUAGGUCAUGGUGGUGAUGAUGGUCGAGGUGGUGAACCAGACUGGAUUCAGAAUGGGGGGAUUAGUGGUGAUGGUGAUGCAGUGGUGAUCAGUGGUGACAACUCCGGAGGCGAAGUCGCGGUGCGAGCGGACAGCAACAAUGGCAACACAGAUCCUGCAGUGAAUGCAGACGAUGAUCAGCAGACUGUUGAAGUUAAUGGCUGCAAUCAAGUAUGGCACAAUGCUCGUCAUGGCGACAUCACUUCGCCGGGAUACCCUAGCCCGUAUCCUAGCAACGCUGACUGCACCAUAGUGAUCAACGCCCCGUCCAAUCAUCACAUCGACCUUACAUUUCACUCCUUUGAUCUCGAGGAAUUCUUCUGCGUCUUCGAUUAUGUUCUGAUAAAGGACAGCACUGCACGUGACGCUGAUCCUCUAGUGAGGCUCUGUGGCGCGGACCUCCCGGAUGACGUCCAGUCAACCACCGGUGUGUUAGUGAUUAGUUUCGUCUCUGAUGCUGCGGAUGAGAGGGGCGGCUUCCGUGCAUCAUUUGUGAGUCAAGCAAAACAUCCCUCGGCCAUACAAUGGUAA